CCUCCGGAACACCAUCCGGGUUUCGGUUCCCGGCCGGCGUCUGGCUCGCCCUGGGUCACAUGGGAGGCGAGCUCUGCCUGCCUGCGGUUCCCGUGGCAACGCCAAUCCCCGGCCAAUCCGGGCCUCGGAAGUGCCGGCGCCCGCCCGCCCACCGUGGGCUGGAAACGGCCGUGGAGGGCGGGCGGCGGAGGGAUCGGCUGCCGACCUGGCCAUGCUUCGCGGCCUGCGGAGUCCGCUCUGGCCCCUGCUGCUGCUCCUGCUCCUGCUGCUGCCGCCCCCGGGCACGUGGGGACACGGCAGCCGCGCGAGGCCGAGGGAGGGGGCCGAGGAGGCGGGCUCGGCCGGGUCCUGGCCGGCCUUCCAGGGCCUGCGGGAGCGGCUGAGGGCGGCCGGCGCCCUCUGCAGACGCUCCUGGGCUCUCUUCAGCUGCCGCGUGUGGCCCGACGGCUGUAGGCAGGAUGAGGAGGCGCCGGCGCGGCCCCCGGGCCUAGAGGCGGACCUGCGCGUGCGCCUGCACGGCCAGCACCUGGUCCGGGAGCUGGUCCUGACAGCAGCCAGGGGCUACUUGGAGCUGCCCCGGCCAGACAAGGCCCUGGCUCUGUCGUUCCACGGCUGGUCUGGCACAGGCAAGAACUUUGUGGCGCGGAUGCUGGCGGAGAACCUGUACCGGGACGGGCUGAGGAGCGACUGUGUCAAGGUGUUCAUCGCCACGUUGCACUUCCCUCACCACAAGUAUGUGGACCUGUACCAGGAGCAGCUGGCAAGCCAGAUCAGGAAGACGCAGGAGCACUGCCACCAGACCCUGUUCAUUUUAGAUGAGGCUGAGAAGCUGCACCCAGGACUGCUGGAGGCCCUCAGGCCACACCUGGAACGCCAGGCCCCCGAGAACCCGAGGGCCAAGUCCCCGAGAACCAUCUUUCUUUUUCUCAGUAACCUUGGGGGCAACAUCAUCAAUGAGGUAGUCCUGAAGCUGCUUAAGGCUGGGUGGUCCCGGGAAGAAAUUGGGAUGGAGCACUUGGAGCCCCAACUCCAGGCUGAGAUUGUGGAAUCCACAGACAGUGGCUUUGGACACAGCUGUCUUGUGAAGGAAAACCUGAUUGACUUCUUCAUCCCCUUCCUGCCACUGGAGUACCGUCACGUGAGGCUGUGUGCACGUGAUGCUUUCCUGAGCCAGGAGCUCCUGUAUACGGAAGAGGCACUAGAUGAAGUCGCCAAGAUGAUGGUGUACGUCCCCAAGGAGGAACAACUCUUCUCUUCUCAGGGAUGCAAAUCUAUUUCCCAGAGAAUUAACUAUUUCCUGCCUUGAGGGCUAGAAGAAAACUUCCAAAGCUGCCUUCCUUCCACUAAUAGGAUCCUGGGGCCUGUCAGCACACUGUCCAGGACGUAACGGGUUGGAGGGGCAGGCUAGCACCAGCAGCCACGAGCACAAGUGGUGUGUAAAAGGGAGGCCUUAAAUCAGAGACAGAGCCAAUUCUUAAAAUCACUUGGUGCCUUACAGAGCCACAUUCCAAAAUGUGGGCCAGCUGGUUGGAGAAGGUCAUGUGGGAGAUAAAUCCCAAGGAUUUAUUAGCAUAUCAGCUCCUGCCUGCAGAUGCCUGGACUUGGGUGUUGGGCCUGAGGCUGCAGUAUCCUCAGUGACAGAGAAGGGAAAAAUGAACUUCUGCUUACCAGUGGCAGGAACUGGGUGGGUUAGCUUUCAAGUUGUUAUUCCCAGAGGGAAGCUGAUCAGCUUCUAUCUGUGAGAUCAGGAAAGAGCCUCAGGCUGAAGGAAAAAGUGCACAGAGGAAGAUUUUUUUUUUUUUUUAAUCAGGUACAUGUAGGCUAAGACUUGUUCUGCUCUGCAGAUUUAAAUCAAUUAAAAGAAUUUUUUUUUAAGUUAUGGACCUUGACAUGAUUGUAUCAUAUGUAAAGAUUAAAAUUUUGUAUUUUUCUAAAACCCUCGGCUUACUUACCUUCUUACUGAGCCCUAGUAAUGGUGCUCACUCAGCAGAAUUCCACAUGCCAGCUAAUACUGAUGGGGACUGGUGGAGACGGGGGACAUACACUGGCACUCGCAGAGCUGACCGGGUGGUUGCCUGCUCUGCCAGUUUACUUCCGCUUGCUUUGGGGCCACACCAGCUGAGCCAGGCUAGUUCAACCUCUUACUGAAGAGGCCGCCAAAGCACAGUGCCCUUAUAUAUAUGAAAAGAGCACGCCUGUGCGCCCAGCUUUAAAAAGAAAAACAGUCAUCGUUGAGGAUUGAACGGCCACGUGUAAAUGUGUACAUUGUGCCUCUAUACACAGGAGGUGCUCAUUCUGUGUUUUUCCCCUUCCCUCUACCACACUUCUGGAAUUACACACGGCUCUUUUAUAUGUGUCAUCACCUCAAGUGGCCCUCUUAUUUACAGUCCUCCCAACCCUCUCACCUUUAGUCCUGGUAAAAUGGAACACUUCUGCUCCUCUCCUGUUUAACACUUUAUUACAUUCGUUUACUUGAACAGCUACCUCUAGGUUAGGCAGUACCUAGCCUGAGCAACGUUAGAUACCCAGUCAAUCCUCACAUAAAUUAAAGGCACUGAGUUUUACACCACCCAUGGGACAGACGUAAACCUGGCCUCACUGCACAAUCCAACGGGGGCCGGUUUUAGGUGCUGGCUCCCCGUCUCACGCUAGAGCGUUUCAGGAACAGUAUGCAGCCACCCGAUCCUGUAACGUACCCAGAUCUAAACUCUGUAAACACACACUUUA